GGUGGUGACGUCUCCCUCCCCUGCUCCCAGCCCCCCCCCAGCUGUCUUCGCUUCGUCCAGACCAACAUCUCCCGCCUCCUGCAGGAGACCUCCGAGCAGCUGGUGGCUCUGAAGCCCUGGAUCACUCGCCAGAACUUCUCCCGGUGCCUGGAGCUGCAGUGUCAGCCUGACUCCUCAACCCUGCCACCCCCACGGAGUCCUGGGGCCCUGGAGGCCACAACCCUGACAGCCCCGCAGCCCCCUCUGCUCCUCCUCUUGCUGCUGCUGCCCGUGGGCCUCCUGCUGCUGGCUGCUGCCUGGUGCCUGCACUGGCAGAGGACGCGGCGGAGGACACCCCACUCUGGGGAGCAGGUCCCCCCUGUCCCCAGUCCCCAGGACCUGCUGCUUGUGGAGCACUGACCUGGCUGGGGCCUCAUCCUGCGGAUCCUCAACAACCCAGUGAGACAGACACGUCUACCAUCCCAUUUUACAGGGGAGGACACUGAGGCACACAGAGGGGAGUCACCAGCCAGAGGAUGCAUAGCCAGCACACAGAGGAAGUGGGCUAGAGGCCGGUCCCUUCCUUGGGCCCAAUACCCCUCUCUUUCUGUCCCCAGGAUGGAGGCAACGCCAGAACCCAGCACCGGCCCCACUUACCCAACUCUGUACAAAGCCCUUGUCCCCAUGAAAUUGUAUAUAAAUCAUCCUUUUCUACCA